AUGCAUCUUAUGUACACGAUUGACGAGAACGGGAGCAGGGUGUACACCCUCAAGAAAAUCACAGAGACGGGCAAGAUCACCAAGUCUGCGCACCCAGCACGAUUCUCCCCGGAUGACAAGUUCUCACGUCACCGAGUGACCAUCAAAAAGCGCUAUGGCAUCCUGCCCACGCAACUGCCUAGCAAGCCUCUUUGAAGGCUCCGCAGCUGGCAUAUCACACACCCCUGCGACGUACGUCGCACCCCCUCGACGACAUGCCUAGCCUCGUAGGAGGUCGAACGCUCUGCACAGCUCCGAGAUAGUGAAGGAGACGUACGGGAGAUUACAUGACAUCCGACGGUCCCACGUGUAUGUUUCUCGCCCUUGCUGUGUUGUACCGCAUAUUGGCCCAUGGGCCUUCUAUCGGACCGCCCCGGCGUACAAACCAAGCCUCGACGCGGCUGGUAUGAUACCGAUU